GGGUCCAAAGCUACGGUCUGGAAAUUCAGUCAGUUCGGAAAUGGGGCGUUAAAGGGCUUUCAGUCUCGGGACUACAUUUCCCAGAGUGCAGCGUACCCUGGGCAACUUCCUGUCGGCGCUUGGGUCCUUGAGAGGACGAAGGAGAGAUCGUGCCAGGUCGCGCCUGGAGUCUUCGCGGGACGUUCUACCUUGGGGGACUCUGCUUCAGCAAGAGGAGAAUCCAGAAGAGGACCUGUGAACUCCUGGAAUUUAAAUCAUGGCCCACCAAUUGAUGACGUUCAGAGAUGUGGCUAUAGAAUUCACUCAGGAGGAAUGGGAGUGCCUGAACCCAGAACAGAGGAAUUUGUAUGCAGACGUGAUGGCAGAGAACUACAGCCACCUCAUCUCAGUGGGACUUUGCAUGUAUCAACCACAUGUUUUCUCAUUGGGAAAAGAAGAAGAGCCUGGGAUGAAUUUGAAUGAUGAGACAAGAGGACUUUGCCCAGACAUACCCAUGUGGCAGACCAAGAAGUUAUUACAAAAAAAAAGCUCAUUUGAAAGAGAAUUAUCCCAGUGGGAAGUCCUGGAAGUUUGUACAAAUGACAGUCUUGAUGGUUUGUGUUUUAGAGGUAGUCGAGAAGGAAAAGGUCAGUUUCAAACACAACAAGAAAAUCAGGAUUAUUUCAAGCAAGUCGCAGUCACAGCUUUUAAUCAACACGAUAGACUCAACAUAGGAGAGAAAUUGAAUGAAUACAGAUGUGAAAAAGCGUUUACUUUUGGGGCAGACCAUACUGAACACCGGUUAAUUCACACCGGUGAGAAAUUCUGGGAAGAUAAGGAAUGUGGAAAGUCCUUUCUUCUUGAUUCAGAGCUUACUCCAUGUCAGGCAGUUCACACCAGUAAGAAAGCAUAUGAGUGUAAAGAAUGUGGCAAGACUUUCAGUUUUCGUUCAGGUCUUAUUGGUCAUAUGAGAAUUCACACUGGGGAGAAACCUUUUAAAUGUAAGGAGUGUGGGAAGGCCUUUAGGUUUAAUUCACUACUUAAUGUCCAUAAGCGAAUUCAUACUGGGGAAAAGUCUUAUGAAUGUAAGGAAUGUGGGAAGACCUUUAAUUAUAGCUCAGAUCUUACUCGACAUCACAGAAUUCAUACUGGUGAAAAGCCCUAUAAAUGUAGGGUUUGUGGAAAGGCCUUUAAUUGUGGCUCAGACCUUACUCGACAUCAGAGAGUUCAUACUGGUGAGAAGCCCUAUGAGUGUAGGGUUUGUGGAAAGGCCUUUAGUUGUGGCUCAGACUUUACUCGACAUCAGAGAGUUCAUACUGGUGAGAGGCCCUAUGAGUGUAGUGAAUGUGGAAAGGCCUUUAGUCAGCAGUCACAUCUUAUUAAACAUCGGAGGAUUCACACUGGUGAAAAACCUUACAUAUGUAAGGAAUGUGGGAAGGCUUUUACGUGUGGGUCACAGCUAGCUCAACACCAGAGCGUUCAUACUGGUGAUAAAGUACGUAAAUGUAAGGAAUGUAAAAAGGCCUUUCGUUCUGGUUCACACCAUCGUCAGCAUCAGUUAAUUUAUGCUGGUGAGAAAUUCUUUGAAGAUAAAGAAAAUGGGAAGCCCUUUUUGCCUCAUUCAGAACUUACUCAAUACCAGAAGGUCAAAACUAGUAAGAAAACAUAUGAAUGUAGAGAAUGUGGCAAGGCAUUUAGUUUGCGUUCGCGUGUUACUAGUCUCAAGAGAAUUCAUCCUAGGGAGAAAUCCUUUAAAUGUAAGGAGUGUGGGAAGGCUUUUAGUUGUAGCUCAGAUCGCACUCGACAUGAGAGAAUUCACACUGGUGAAAGGCCCUAUGAAUGUAAGGAAUGUGGGAAGGCCUUUAGGUGUACAUCGGACCUUAGUCGCCACCAUAGAAUUCACACUGGCGUAAAACCUUACGAGUGUAAAGAGUGCGGAAAGGCUUUUACUCGUGGCGCACACCUGACUCAACAUCAGAAAAUUCACACCUGUGAGAAAUCACAUAAAUGUAAAGAAUGUGAAAAGGCCUUUAGUUCUGGCUUAGACCACACUCAUCAUCAGUUAAUUAACACUGAUGAGAAAUUCUGUGAAGAUAAAGAAUGUAGGAAGACCUUUAUACCUGACCCAGAACUUAGUCAGUGUCCGUCAGCUCACAGUGGUAAGAAAAGAGGCAAAUGUAAAGAAUGUGGCAAAGACAUUAGUUGGGGUUCAAGUGUUCCUGUUCUUAAGAAACUUCAUACCAGAGAGAAACCUUUUAAAUGUAAGGAAUGUGGGAAGGCCUUUAGUUAUAACUCAGAACUUAACCGGCAUCAGAGAUUUCACACUGGCGAAAAGCCCUAUGAAUGUAAGGAGUGUGGAAAGGCCUUUACUUCUGGCUCAGACCUUAUUCGGCAUCGGAGAGUUCACACUGGUGAAAGACCCUAUGAGUGCAGUGAAUGUGGAAAGGCCUUCAUUCAGCAGUCACAUCUUGUUAAACAUCAGAGGAUCCAUACUAGUGAAAAGCCGAAGAACAAAAUGAUCGUAGAAAGACCUUUAGUCAGUGAUCCCAUCUUACUAAAUAUGAGAGAAUUCACACUGGUGGAAAACCUUAUGAAUAUAAGGAGUGUGGAAAAGCUUUUACUCGUGGCUCACACCUGACUCAACAUCAGAACAUUCACACUGGUGAGAAAGCACGUUGUUGUAAAGAAUUGGAAAAGCAUAUAUUCUUGAUGUACAUCUUACGCAAAUCAGAAUGUUCAUGUUGGUAGGAAACCCUGUGAGUGUGAGAGAUGAAAUUCUCAUCAGCAGUCCACACUUGCUCAACAUCAGUGUAUUCGUGCUGCUAGGAAACUCCUGAAUAAGCAAGGUGGGAAAACUUUUGGAGGGUUCAUAUCUUGCACAAUGUGAGAAAAUUCAUGAGGAAAUUCCAAAUAUAAAGAAUGUGGAAAGAGCUUUCUUCAUAGCUCAGAGUUUAAUCAACAUCAGAAUCAACAUCAGAAAAUUCAUAGUGAUGAGAAAUUAUGAAUGCAAGGAAUGUACAGACUUUUUUUCAUGGUUCAGAAAUUAAUACCAGAAAAUGCAAACUGGAAAGAGACCUUAAAAAUAUGAAGAUUGUGGAAAGGCUUUUCUCUGAGUUCAUAACUUAAUUGAUGUCAGCAAAUGCAUACUGGUGAGGAACUUUAUGUAUAUAUAUGAAGAAUGUGGGAAAUCUUUUAUCUGCACUCACAGCUUACAUUAUAUCAGAAAAUUUAUCUGAUGUACAACCCUACUCACCAUAUUUGACUAAGCAGAAAAUUCACAAUGUGAUAAUCUCUAUGAAUGGAUACACUAUAGGAACCUCUCUAAUCUUGAUUCAAACUUUGCUGAACACCAGAGUAUGUUUUUUUUUAAUGGAUCUUAGGACCUUGUGAAUGCUACACAAGUGUUCUACCUCUGAGCUGUGACUAUAAAGAUUGAGACAUCUUAUCCAAAGUCUCACUUAAGUUUACUAUUGUGAAACUUAAAAUCUUAUAAGGAGUUUUUAUAUCAUAGGAUAUAAAAACAUAAAUAAGGCUUAAUGUAAUCUAUUGACUUAGGAAAGAAUUUACUGAUUGGCCAUCAGUCAUGGAACAUCAGAAUGCCUUAUGAUAAAGAAGUUAGGAUAUAGCUAUAUUUGAGAGGGUAUUUUAAA